ACACACACCUGUUCCUUGGAAGUGUGGUGUAAGGUCCAGGACCACCCUUUUUAUCUGGUUUAAAUACGAGAGCACGAAGCUUCUGUCUCAUCCACAAACUUGCAUCCUUCACAAGACGUCUUUUAAAGAAGGCAUUUUUUGCUCCCUGCUUCAUCAGUUCCUUGUUAAGAACAUGGCGACCAGUGUUGUUGAAGUUGGUGGAAUGGGAGGACAACAUUUCUAUUUUAAUGGCAUGAAUAAUCAAUCCUUGUUGAAAAAGAUCAAGGUUUGGGAAGGUGAUUUGGAGAUAAAAGCCGUGAAGGUGUGGCUUACUGAUGGCCGGUUCAAACCGUUUGGUGUUCCUGAUGGGAAUCUGAAAGAGUUUACAUUUGAUGAUGAUGAGAUAUUCGCCUCCCUUUCACUUUGGCCAAAUCAAGCUGGUACACAUCUGGGUGCCAUCAAAUUCAAGACAAGCAGCUCCCGGGAGUUCCAUGCAUGCGUGACAAGUUGUCAACUGCAAUCAGAAGUAGUAGUUGAUGUUGAAUCUGGGAAUUGCCCUGGAAUCCAAGGACGUUCUGAGGCUGACAUUGAUCGCUUCGGCUUCGUGAUACUCAAGAAGAAAUCUGCUUAGCUUACCAAUGUGGUGUAUCCCACCGUUUCUAUAGUCUCACCCAAAGUGACCCAAAAAGACCAAAAUCUUUUGACAUUUUCGGAUUAUAAUCUGUUAUAAUUUCCAUCAAUAAAAACAGUCUUAAUUGAAA